GAUGAUCCAUGCGACCUUCCAAAAGUCUCGAGACUUGCAGCUCGGCACAUUGAUGCCGUGACGAGGGGAGAUCGCCCGCUUUGGGAAACCGCCCCUCUCCAGCGAAGAUAUAUAAGGUAUGGAUGAGGGGCUCUCCCCUUCCAUUAUCUCUCCCUUUCUAUGAUAAUUCCUGACCAUCGCACCUCCAGACUUCCUCCGGACAUCUAUUUUGCCUCUACUGCACCUCUCACAUGGCUCGAUCACGCUCUCAGCGUCGCAAGGACGCCCGUUCCGUCGCCUCGGAGGACCCGUGGAAGGUCGACACCCCGUUUGGCCCGCCGCGCAUCGCUCCAUUCCCUGUGGUAGGCAUCCGACGGCUUCGCAGCAAGCUGUCGCGACUGUCGCCGGCGGCGUUUGCGGAGCGCGAGCAGCUCAAGAAGAAUAACCGGCCCAAGUUGCCCCUGACGGAGAGGAACGUCGACACCUUCGUCUCCGAACAGCGUUUCCAGGACGCUUGCCACCCAGACAAACACUCGCCUGAGCUGGAGAUCUCCGCGUGGCUCGAGCGACUGUCGCCCAUCUCAUGACCUGCGGCAUUUUUGCACCUACGCCUCCAGGUAGCGCCUAUCUAUUGAAAAAAAAAAACAAGAA